GUCUGUCUGUCACCCUUAAAGCCCAUUGUGUCUCACUCUUUGGGGUUUAGUGUUCAUUGUCGAACCAGCGGAACAACUCAGGUGUCAACAUGGCAGAUGAUGAUGAUGCCCCCCGGCCCAUGUCCCCCAAGCAAAUCCAUGCAAAGCCAAAGUCCAAGAUCUCGGCCUCCAGAAAGUUGUCCCUGAAGAUCCUGCUACUUCAGCGGGCAAUGGAGGACCUUGAGGCAGAAACGGUUGCUCGUGAUGAGGAAAAAGUGCGCUACCUAGGAGAGAAAAUCCCACCCCUUCAGACGUCUGGGCUGAAAAUGGAAGAACUACAGAAACUGUGUAAACAGCUCCAUGCCAAGAUUGAUGUUGUGGAUGAGGAGCGGUAUGACUGUGAGGCCAAAGUCAUCAAGAAUGGAAAGGAUAUCCAUGAGCUGAAACUGAAGGUACAGGACCUGGGCGGUAAGUUCAAGAAGCCGGCCCUGAGGAAGGUGCGUGUGUCUGCAGAGGAGAUGAUGAAGGCCCUGCUGGGAUCCAAACACAAAGGCACUAUGGACCUCAGGGCCAACCUCAAAUCUGUCAAGAAGGAGGAGCUCAAACAAGAGAAGGCACCUGCUGAGGUUGGAGACUGGCGUAAGAACGUGGAGGCCAUGUCUGGCAUGGAGGGCAGGAAGAAGAUGUUCGACGCCAGUGGCGGAGGCGGCCAGUGAGAGGUCACAUGACCCUGAGAGGAGGAGCCGGGGAGGAGGAGGAGAGGCGGGGGAUAAAGAGAAGAAAAGGAAGAGAGAAGGAGGAGAAAGGGGAGGAGGAGGAGGAGGAGGAGGAGAGGGACGGCAGAAUAAAGGACUGUCACAUUGUAGGUGCCCGGAGCUUCACAUCAGAGAGAUGAGUCUGUGUGUUCUGUGCUGUUGACAGACACACAGUCAAGAUUUAGCUUUAAGUUACUCUCUCUCUGCCCUCAGAGAGAUCCAGACAAAGAUGGAGCCCAAGGAAGCUGAAAUCAGCAUGAAUAUUUCAACUUAUUUAUAACUCACUGACCCACUAAAUACAUCCGUCUGUAGAAUACCCAGCCCUCGAGGACCACCCCAGGGCCUUGGUGGAGCUUACAGGAUGAGUGUGUGUGCUGUCCUCCCUCUCUUCCUUCCUCUUCUCUCACAGAUGGAUUUAUUACUGUUUUAAAUAAAAUGUUUUAUAGCUUAA